UGUUUAGCACUUUGAAUGGCCGAAUGCUCGGAUGCUGCCCUUUUCUUGCACCGGAGGAUUUGUUGCUUCAAAACGAUCAUUUUUGUUUUCUUUUGCAUUUUUGAUGGUUUUUAUAAUUUUCUUCUACAUGAAUAUGGCUGGAUUCUUGGACCAUUUAUCUGAAAGAUGGCUAUGUAUGGUUAUGGUGUACAUGGGGACUGCGCUGAAGUAACUAUUAGAUAAAUUGAAGGCUUUGGAGAACUGGGCAUUUGUUUCACUUAUUUCUCAAUAAGAUAUCCUGGUUCGGGUGAAGGAGGUCAUGGUUUUGAUCCCUUAAUAUUUUCUGGGAUUCCCAAACAUUGAAACAAGCUGAUCUGCCAUUUUGUUAAAUGGGGAGACAUGGAUUGAUAUUGGAUAUUGACUCUAUAUGUGACCAUUCGCUGAUGGCUUCUAAUGUUGCUGUAUUAGUAAAGGUCCUCUCAAGAGACAGUUGAUAUCUACCCUUUUUGGUUCAACAUUUCUAUACAGUUAGUGCCACAACAGUGGGUGUGUAGGACCUUGAAUAAUGAUGUCGAGAUCAUCAGAGGUUCCUAAAAAGCAAGACACAAGUUUGGAAAGGUAUCCACAUAGAAGUAAUGAGUAUGUUAGGCUGGAUUUAUCUGAUGAGCCAAGCAUUGAUGGAUUUGAGCUUCCACAACCUCAAGAAAGUUCCCGACAUAGAUCUUUCAUUUGGUGGACUAAGGCCAUAUUGUGCUCCUUGGUCUUACUGAUACUCAUUACUGUUUUCGGCAUUUGGGGAGUUCCAUUUCUCCUUGAAAAGGUUGUGGUGCCACUGAUGCAAUGGGAGGCGACAGCAUUUGGGCGUCCUACCCUUGCAUUAAUUCUUGUUGCUUCAAUGGCUUUUUUCCCUGUUCUCUUAAUUCCUUCUGGACCUUCCAUGUGGUUAGCAGGAAUGAUUUUUGGAUAUGGUCUUGGUUUUUUGAUAAUUAUGUCUGGGGCCACCAUAGGGAUGACCUUGCCUUAUUUCAUUGGAUCGUUGUUUCGCAGUCGUAUUCAUAGAUGGUUGGAGAGAUGGCCCGAAAAAGCAGCUGUUAUUAGGUUGGCUGGUGAAGGGACUUGGUUCCAUCAAUUUCGAGUGAUUGCCCUCUUCAGAGUCUCUCCAUUCCCAUACAAUGUUUUCAAUUAUGCUGUUGUGGCAACAAAUGUGAAGUUUGGGCCAUACAUAUGUGGUUCAUUGGCUGGAAUGGUUCCUGAAGCUUUCAUCUCCAUAUAUAGUGGGCGGUUAAUAAAGACAUUGGCAGACUUGAAACGUGGGCAUGCGAGCGUGACACCCAUUGAGAUUGCCUACAAUAUAUUGUCCUUCAUCGUCGCCAUUGUCAUGACUGUUGCUUUUACGGUGUAUGGGAAGAGAGCAUUAAACAAUCUCAAGAAGGAAACAUCCAACAUUGAAGAUGGAGCAGCUCCUCAUAGAAACCCUGCUGAUCUCGUAGAGUUAGAGAAGCUUCCUCUUGAAAGACCCAAGAAUAUGAAAAUCUUUUCUCUCUUGCCUUGAUCUAGUGAAGGCUAGGGUAACAUUGACGUGAAAAUUUUUCUUUCUUUACUUUUUCCCUUAACAGAUUUGAUCCCCAUAUUCUUCUGAUCAUAUAAUCAGAUCACUUGUAAAGGUGUUGAGAAAAUGACUGCCUUGUGUGCAGUCUGUCGAGGCAUAAAUAAGAAAAGAAAAGAGAAAAGAAACCGGGGACAAAAAAGAUGGGGAUAUGGAUAUUUAGGUUCUACUCCCCGUGAUAUUGGUAUUUGGGCUGCAGCAAGGUCAUGUGAAAUCUCGGUUUGUAAGGGGCUGGCUCUCUGUAUAUUCUACUUGCACAGAAAUUUGUAUACAUUGUUGUAGGUUUUUCAUUGCUGGAUUUUAUUACCAAAUUUAAC